GAAUAUUUAUUUAAUUUAUUACCAACUAAGGUGCUUUAGAUAACAGCGAUUCGAUACGAUCGGAUAUUCCGAUCCGAAAUACACGUAGGUACCUUACUUAGUUCAAAAGUACUUACGAUUCGAGUUUACUUUAUUUAUUUUAACAACAACGAAUCACCUUUAUUUUAUUCAUUUUCUUUUUAUUUUUAUUUCAAAGUGAACAAUUCAAAAAGUGUGGCCUUCGUUUUAAAAAAAGUUUAGCCCAACAGUCGCAACCCAACUACAAAAUGGAAGGGCAUGUGAAUCAAAAUUUUAUCGAUGAUACUCAAACGGACAAUUUACAUGAAAUAAAAUUACAAUCGAAAAGUUAUCCUGAACAAUUUUCAAUUGAAUCAAAUGGAAAAGCAACAAAUGGAACACAAUCAAAUGGAAUUUAUGCAAAUUUUAAAGAAAUGUAUGGCUCAAAUAAAUCAAAAUUUCAUUUAUUUUAUCACAUCGUGUUACAUCUUGUACUAUUAUUGUAUUUUAUAUUUGCGACUAUACAUUUUGUACGGAGUGAUUCAGAUUCACUUGAUUGGGCAAAUGGUUUUGGAUUAUUAAUACUUUUAUAUGUUUUUGGAUACACACUAUUUUUAUAUAAUCUUUCGUCGAAAUUUUGGCAAACAUUUUUUACAAAGAUUUCUUCAUGCUUUAAUUCGAAUGAAAGACGAUCAAGUACCUUUCAAGUAUUGAAUUAUGUCCUGACAGGAAUUUUUUUAGUUGGAUUCCUUGUUUUCUUAUUUUUUGACACAGCCGAAGAAAGAUAUCGAUUAAAAUGUCUAAUUGGUUUAGGAGCAUUUUUAGUUAUUGGUUUUGUGUUUUCAAAACACCACAAAAAGAUACGAUGGCGACCAGUUGUAACGGGUCUCUUUUUACAAGUAUUGUUUGGAAUAUUGACAAUUCGUUGGACAGUUGGACGAAAUGUAUUCCAAGUAUUUGGCGAUAAAGUUACCCAAUUUUUGAAUUACACAUCCUACGGUGCUGAAUUUAUUUAUGGUGGUCCUUUAGUCCAUGGUCUUGGAGAUGAUUUUCCACAAGUGUUCGCUUUUGCGACAUUGCCCACAAUAUUCUUUAUUAGUUUUAUGGUAAAUAUUUUGUACUAUUAUGGAAUUAUGCAAGCCAUUGUAACGAGACUUGGUUGGGCCUUGGGAUCUGUUAUGGGUACAUCAACUUGCGAAAGUGUCAAUUCAGCGGCAAAUAUAUUUUUAGGAAUGACUGAAUCACCGUUGUUAUUAAAGCCAUAUUUACAAAAUUUAACGAAAUCUGAAUUAUUUUCGGUAAUGACAUCAGGCUUUGCAACAGUUGCAGGAACUGUUUUACAGGCAUAUAUUUCAUUUGGAGCUGAACCUAGUCAUUUAAUAACGGCUUCCUUAAUGUCAGCACCUGCCGCAUUAUGUUUUAGUAAAUUAAUUUAUCCAGAAACAGAAAAAAGAAAAGCGACACAGGAAACUAUUGUUAUUGAAGAAACAGACGAUACAUCUGCAAUUGAUGCGGCAACCAAAGGCGCUAACGGUGGUAUUGCAAUUGUACUUGGAAUUAUUGCAAAUGUAAUUGCAUUUGUAGCAUUUGUAGCAUUUUUAAAUGAAACGGUUUGUUGGUUUGGAGAACGCGUUGGUUUCAAGGAUGUCACAUUUCAAUAUAUUGUUGCCCAAAUAUUCACACCGAUUAGUUGGAUCAUGGGCGUCGACUGGGACGAAUGUGAGCAUGUUGGUAAUUUAAUUGCCUUAAAAACGGUUGUCAAUGAAUUUGCUGCAUACAAAGAACUUGGCGAAAUGAAGAAGAAGGGUUUAUUAAAUGCACGUUCGGAAAUGAUUGCUACAUACGCAGUAUGUGGAUUUGCUAAUCCUGGCUCAAUUGGAAUUAUGGUUGGUGGUUUAACAACCUUGAUUCCAAAAUCACGGGAAACAAUUGCAGAAUUAGCGAUACGAGCUUUUAUAUCUGGAGCAAUCGUUUGUUUUAUGACAGCAUGUAUCGCUGGUGUAUUGAUUGAUGGAAGAGAAUUCGUUAAGCCAAAUUAUUAAAAAUGUAUUUUUGAGAUUAGCCAAAUUUUAUUAAA